UCCAACUCACACCAAACGGGCACAGGUCACAACAGCGCCCCCUAGGACACGUAAAAUAAUAAUGAAUAAACGUCUGUACGAGCAUAUAACCUCACUUAAAAUGGCAACCUAUUCAUAAUCCGAUUCUCUCAAUAUUGGGGUGCAUCGUAUCACUUCUUUUCCAUCUUGUUGGUUAACAUCGUUCAACUCCUUGACUGCUCUUGAACACGCCCGCAAAGCAACGCUGGAAAUGAUGCGUUAAUCUGUAAAAAAAAUGUCGUAUUUUUAGUCUUCACAAGACAUUAAGAGGUCCCACACUUAGAUUGUUGUUGAUAACUAUAAUACUUGAUUAUCAGCCCAAACCGUAUUAAUUUUGAAUAGUAUAAACCCCAAAUUUAGUGUACUGUCCGGUUUCUUCUGACGUCCAGCAUAAAAGUAAAAACAUAUUAACAAGGCGCCUCUGAAGGCACCAUUGACGUGUGGGAUCGCUAGCUGGACGCAUUUCCGAGUCGAAACUGAAUCUCCUGUGUGUCAAUAUGUGUGGACUCCGUAUUUUAAUUUGAGAAUAACGCCGGCAAUGUCCUAGCCAUGUUUUAUGGUCAUAUUCUACGAACGUGCUUGGUCCCGAACCGAACGGCGGCCAAACUUGGCCGUUUGCAACUUGUUUGUCAAGUCGAGAGAGGUCUUUGUACCGUAAGUGACGAAGUACGACUGGCAGAAGAUGCCAGUAAGAAAUAUGGUCGCCCAGCUGCCACCAUCUUCUCCAAAGUGAUUGACAAAAGCCUCCCUGCAGAUAUCAUCUAUGAGGAUGACAAGUGUUUGGCUUUUCGGGACAUCAGUCCACAGGCUCCCAUUCAUUUCCUGGUUAUUCCUAAAGUUCACAUUCCCAGGAUAAGUCAAGCGAGAGAUGACGAUGCUGAGCUCCUGGGGCAUCUAUUGGUGGUGGCGAAAAAGGUGGCCAACCUGGAAGCCCUCACAGAAGGUUAUCGAGUGGUCAUCAACGACGGAAAACAUGGCGCUCAGUCCGUCUACCACCUUCACCUCCAUGUGUUGGGAGGCAGACAGAUGACAUGGCCGCCAGGGUGAAUGCAUACUUAAAUACAUACAUUAGUACUUAAUGUUGACAACAAACACUGUGAGUAUGUUUCUUCAACUUAUGUGGCCUAAACAAAAAUAAAAAUAAAAAACCCUCACAAAAUGUCCAAGUUUUU